CCGCUUCCGGUGACAUCAGGCCCAGAUCACGUCACUCAUUUCCACGCAACUAGCGGCUGGCGCGAAACGUUUUUGACGUCCGGGAUGGAUGAAGGCUUCCACCUGCCCUCUGACACAGGACGGCUAAUACUGCGAUCCCUCAGUGAGCGAACGUCCUUGCUGAAACAUGUCUGUGUGAAAAAGUAACUUGCUCAGUUACAAAGAAAUUCUGGUCGCUCUUUUGCAAAGACUCUCUCCUCAACGGAACACUUGUUUGCUCACAUAGAAAGUCCAUCUGUGUGAGUUUACGCUCCUGCUUGCAACUUCUCCGUUGUAGUCUCAUAUCUCAAAGACCUCUCAAACUUGAAGAAAUAUGCGUGAGUGUAUCUCGGUGCACGUGGGUCAGGCCGGUGUUCAGAUUGGAAACGCCUGCUGGGAGCUUUACUGCCUGGAACACGGAAUCCAACCCGACGGCCAGAUGCCCAGUGAUAAGACCAUUGGUGGCGGGGACGACUCUUUCAACACCUUCUUUAGUGAGACGGGAGCCGGAAAGCACGUGCCCAGAGCUGUGUUUGUUGACCUGGAGCCCACGGUCAUUGAUGAGGUGCGCACUGGAACCUACCGCCAGCUGUUCCACCCUGAGCAGCUGAUCACCGGCAAGGAGGACGCUGCCAACAACUACGCCCGAGGGCAUUACACCAUCGGCAAAGAGAUCAUUGACCUGGUGCUGGACAGGAUCCGAAAACUGGUGAGAAACCUCCGACUGAACCGCAAACACUCCACUUGCUCCACUUUGAAGUCCUUCCUUCUCUUUGACCAGGCGGACCAAUGUACCGGCCUACAGGGCUUCCUGGUGUUUCACAGCUUUGGUGGGGGCACCGGCUCUGGAUUCACCUCCCUCCUGAUGGAGCGUCUGUCCGUCGACUACGGAAAGAAAUCCAAGCUGGAGUUUGCCGUCUACCCAGCUCCCCAAGUAUCCACCGCUGUGGUGGAGCCCUACAACUCCAUCCUGACCACCCACACCACCCUGGAGCACUCCGACUGUGCCUUCAUGGUGGAUAACGAGGCCAUCUACGAUAUCUGCCGCAGGAAUCUCGACAUCGAGCGGCCUACUUACACGAAUCUAAACAGACUGAUAGGUCAAAUCGUGUCCUCCAUUACCGCCUCGCUUCGUUUUGACGGUGCGCUCAACGUUGAUCUGUCAGAGUUCCAGACCAACUUGGUGCCGUAUCCCCGCAUCCACUUCCCUCUGGCCACCUAUGCUCCCAUCAUCUCUGCUGAAAAGGCUUACCAUGAGCAACUAACUGUAGCGGAAAUCACCAACGCCUGCUUUGAACCGGCCAAUCAGAUGGUGAAAUGUGACCCCCGUCACGGCAAGUACAUGGCGUGCUGCCUUUUGUACCGUGGCGAUGUGGUACCCAAAGAUGUCAACGCUGCUAUUGGGACCAUCAAAAACAAGCGCACCAUCCAGUUUGUGGACUGGUGCCCCACUGGUUUCAAGGUGGGCAUUAACUACCAGCCUCCCACCGUGGUUCCUGGCGGAGACUUGGCGAAGGUCCAGCGGGCAGUGUGCAUGCUGAGCAACACCACCGCUGUUGCUGAGGCGUGGGCUCGGCUCGACCACAAGUUUGACUUGAUGUACGCCAAGCGAGCCUUCGUUCACUGGUACGUGGGUGAGGGCAUGGAAGAGGGAGAGUUCUCCGAAGCCAGAGAGGACAUGGCGGCCCUGGAGAAGGAUUAUGAGGAGGUCGGUGCCGACUCCAUUGACGACCAGGGAGAAGAAGGAGAGGAAUACUGAGUGGCGUCAACGCCGAUUUCCUACUCAUUUAAAACACCGCAGUUCAAUUAUUAUGGAUGAAAUCAGUGCUCUGUUUAAUUCUAAACAAUGUUUUAUACCGUCAUCGUAGUGUACUGUAAGUACCGCUGCUUUGAUAGAUGUGGAAAAUGCAAUUGCAUGAAAUUCAAUAAAGUCAAAACAUGUUC